AUGAUGUUUACUUCGUCGCAGUCGACCUGCGGUCUGCUGCUGGCUCUGCUGUGCUGCCUGAUGGUGGCCAGCAGCUAUGCUGCCCCAGCGGGAGACUACGCCGGCUGGCAACCCGUUGCCAACCAGCGCGCCCUCUCCAGUGAUGCGCAGGUGCGUAUGGUGGUGUACCUCAAGCAGAGCAACCUCGACCGUCUCGAUGAACUCUUCUGGGCCGUCUCCGACCCCGACUCCCCGAUCUACGCUCAAUACCUGUCGAUUGAUGAGAUCACCGAGAUCGUCGCCGCUCCCGCCGAGGCCGUGAAGACGGUCGUCGAGUGGCUGGCCGAGCACGGUGCCACCGACAUUCACGUGGUGAAGAACAGGGACGCUCUGAUCGCGCGCAUGUCGGCCACGACCGCGGACGCACUCUUCUCCGUCAACCUCCGCCGCUUCCGCUCGCCCGACGGUCGCAGGGAGAUUCUGCGUUCGUCGAAGGCCUACGCCCUGCCGGGUCACGUGGCGCGCCACGUUGACCUCAUCUCCGGCCUCACCGACUUCCCGCCCAUUCAGGACAGGAAGCCUCUGAAGGUCAAGGACAACGUCAUCAGCCACAAUGCCCCCUCUACGGUGGCGGCGAACAACGCGCCUGUGGUGACCAGCGCCGGGGCCAGGGGCGGAACGGACAUCAGGAUCCGCUUCAACCCGCGAUGCUCCAACGGCUUCUUCACCCGCACCCCCACCACGCCGUGUGCGGACUAUCCUCCCGCGAUUGUUCGCUUCGAGGCCGCUCUGUCGUCGGUCAGCGACAUCACGAAGCGCUCCGAGCUCUUCCCCAUCUGGGGGUCCGAUUUCAAGUGCUCGCUUGCAGAUGACAGGACCGAGUGUGAGAUCGACGUCAAGGGCUGGUACUACGAUCAGGUGAACGUGUCGCUGACAAGCUACUACUCGGCCAACGUCAAGAGCAGCGCCGGCAACUACGAAUACUCCGUGCUCGCCACCCCUCCCAUCGUCCCGCAGAGCAUCUGGGCUCAGUACAACAUUCCGUCGAACACGCGCGUGACGACCAACGUGACCCAGUGCGUGGUCGAGUUCGAGCAGCAGUACUACUCGCCCUCGGACCUCACCCUCUUCUUCGAGCAGAUGGGCCUCCCCACUGACACCCCCGUCACCGUUAUCGGUCCCAACUACCCGAACCAGCCCGGCGGUGAGGCGAAUCUGGACAUUCAGUACAUCAUGGGCGUCGCCCCUGGUGCGGCGACCACCUUCUGGUCGAUCUUCGCCAACUCGAGCCUCGAGAUUGACGACAUCCUCAAGUGGGCACUCCAGAUGUCCGAGACCGAGAAUCCUCCGCAGGUGAACAGCCUCAGCUACGGCAUGGCCGAGAUCAAUGUCGACACCUACCUGGGCAAGGGCUACCUGGCGCGUUCUGAUUUCGAGUUCAAGAAGCUCGCUCUCCGCGGCAUCACCCUCAUCUUCGCCUCCGGAGACACUGGCGCUGGCCUCCUGGGUCCGGCGCCGAUGACCGUGCCCAACUGCGACACCCUCCACGCCGACUGGCCCUGCCAAUCUGCUUACGUCACCGGCGUCAGCUCUACGAUCAUCACCCCCGUGUCGGAGCCUAUUUGCUACCUGCCCAAGAACAAGGGCGGCAUCGACUGCAGCCGCAACCCGCUCGGUGAGAUCGUCGUUUCAGUCGACGAGGGUCUGUUCUGGACGACCGGCGGCGGUUUCUCCAACAUCACCCAGAGGGCGCCCUACCAGGCCGACAUGGUCGAGUCGUACCUCGCCCGCAAGGACGUCGCCUUCCCGCCCAGUGACCUGAUGGUGGCUCUGAGCGGUCAGUUCAUUCCCGUGGACGGCACGAGCGCGAGCGCGCCCAUCUUCGCCGGCGUGGUGACCCUCCUCAACGACGCGCGCGUCGCCGCCGGCCUGCCGCCGCUGGGCUUCCUCAACCCGAUGCUCUACAAGGCCCGCCGCGAGCGCCCCCAGACCUUCUACGACGUGGUAUGGGGCAACAACCGAUGCGGCGCCAUUGGUCUGCCGGCGCCGGCGCCCACCUGCUGCGCGCAAGGCUUCCACGCCGUCGACGGGUGGGACGCCGCGACUGGCUUGGGCACGCCCAACUUCUUGGAGCUGAGGGAUUUCGUGUUGAACUACCCCAAGAAGUGGUGA